AGAUUAGCUUUCGGUCUGUACUGAAAUGUCGCUCUCCGCGGCGUUCGGUGAGUGGCUGGAACAGCUGGACCGGACCAGGAACCAGCGCCUCUCUCUCCUCCAGGCGAAGAGAGAGAGCUGCAAGCCGCCAAAUCGCUGGUCCUGGAGUCAAAGCGCGCGGUCAUCAGGUCGAUGGAAGAGAGGUGCUUGAGGCUCGAGUGGAGCCUAGCUUCGCAGAGCUUGAAGAUCUCGGCUCUCGAAUCUAAGAUUGCCGCUCUCGAUGCCGAGUACGACAACAAUGUCCAGCGACUGAGGGAGUUGAAGUGCGAGGUGGAGGAGCUUGAGGAGGCGGAGAAGGAGAAGGACGGAUUCUACCGAGCGCAGACCGGCGAAAUGAAGGAUUUUAAGGAAGCUACUAACGGAUUCGUCGUGGAUUGCCAGAUUCGCAUGGAGGAAUUAAGAGACAAGCUAAAUGAGGUAAAAGAGAAGCUCUCUAUUUUCGGAUCUGUGAGCUAAUGUGAUACUGUGCUGGAUCAUUCUGUUAGCUAGAUCAAAGGCUGCAAGGUGAUAGCGAUAACGGUGAACUUUUAUCGCUUGUUUGGCUACUAUACCAGAGAAUGAAGAAAGAUUAUUGUCCCCUGUUAUCUUCGCUUAUGUUCGAUUUUGAUUUGAUGAAAUAGAGCUAUGGUUCAUCUUGAGUAGCAUACGAGAUAACUUGAAGAUAUAAAGUAUCAUGUUUUGAUAUUCUGUGACUGCAAUUAUUUGUGAUGUGCUAACUGCAAAAUGAAGUGGAUUUACAAGAGUCCAUGCAAUUGCUUCUCCCAGAAUAUACCGUAUAGGCAGAACUAGCUGGAGAUGCUUCCAUAUGGUAUGUUGCUUGAGACCAAUAUGCGACUCUGCACGAAUGAUUGAUGGUGCUAUGAACUGGUCUCAAUCUCGUGAACUAAUUCUUUGCUUAGUUUUUCAGCAUGGUCGUCGUGGCCACCGGUAAAUGAGUACACUCAAAUGCGAAUUGAAAAGCCCUUCAAAGCAUUUUUGUGUAAUUAGUUCUUUGUGUUUGUGAUUUUGUUAACGUCAGUUUGUUCUCAAUUUCCUUUGCUUCUCUGCUUUCCUUUGUCAGAUCCAAAAAAAAGAAAGGAGCAGUUGAGGGCUCACGUUCUCUUCCCCGAGUAAUAUGUAAAUUGCGAAGAUAGCUCACUGGUCAAGAGCGAAAUGCCAAGAGCCUAUGCUCAUACAACAUGCCUGUAGUUAUUAUUAUGAAACACAUUAACGAUAAGGAAUCACCAAAUUAUACAUUAGACAAUGUUUUCUCUAGAAAACUAUGAAAUUAGUUGUCUAUUUGAAUGUAAAAGAUUCACAUUGCUGUGUAUUGGCAGGUACUGAAAAUGGAGGGCCAACUAUUGAAUUA